AUGACGGUGAUUACAAAAUAUCCUCCGCAGCCUCCUCCACAUGUCGUCCUCGACGCAGCCAACUUUCCUCGGAUCCAUGCCAACACUCAGCCGCUGAGUGGGCGGGACAGAUUCGCAAGGAUUUACCCCAACGGACUCCCACAGGUCUACAAGAUGAUGGCGCCGAAAUCAGAAAGCGAUCCUCCACAAAUCUACGUUGAAGACUAUCUACCCAUAGGAUUCUACACAAAACCCCCGCCUUCCGCUCGUGCCGUCUUCUCAACAGGCAAUGGCAAACGCCCGUUUCGAGAGAUGAAACACAUUCUACCUGCGAGACGAAUCCAUCUCUGGGAUAAGGAUGAACUUCAGUCCGUCUGCAAUUCGAUUCGCAAGACUUACUGGGAGCACAUGGGGGCCAUGACUCAGCCGUACUGCUGGGACGAUCUGUGGACGUACUUUGAUGCGUUCGACUUGUAUCACUACGGGGCUCUAAAUCUUUGGAAUGUCAUAAACCAGUUAUUUCACGAAAACGUGAUCAUCUUCUCAGAUGUGGAACGUGAGAGCGCAAAUCUUAUUGGUCAAUGGGCAGAUAGUUGGAUUCAACUUGCUGAGAAUCAGCGCAAGUUGAAGGAAUGGGCAGACAAGAGAGAUUCCUCGAUUGUGUUCCUUCUCUCUCACGAGGAUAGACGCAAGAUGGGAGAUAUUCCAGACAAUCUGAUUCCUUUGGUGGCAAGCGCUCUGAAGACACGUCGCGCGUUGCUUCUCGCCGGAGCGGAUAACUUCCGAAAGAAAAGAGAUGGACCGAACGAUGUUUUGUCUGCUUGUAAAAACAGGAGUUUCCAGAACUGGCUAGCUGGCGAACAAGUCUUUGAACAUAACGCGCUUCCCUCGCCUCCUGUUGCCGCUGAGCAUCACUGCUCGCCCUCCUCGAAAAAUAAACCGGCGCCGUGCUAUUUCUACAACGGACAUCAUUAUUUUCAACCCGAAAACACUGGUCAUUCCAAUAAGCAGAGGACGGCAACCCAGUCCUCGAGUGCUGUCGAGGCUUUGCAGAAAUCCGCGGCUGCUGCUGAGACGAAGCGCUUGCCAAAGCCGUCCGGCCAUGAUAGCGGCCAUAUUAUUGCUCACGGCACUUCAAACCUAGCACAGACUGAAGUAUCAAGCCAUGAUGACGAAGCAGCUGUUGGCAUCAACCAAAUACCUCAGGUCACUGCUGUAAAAAAGGGCAUCCAGCCGCUAUCCAGGGGCGAGGUGGCUGCGGAAUCAUCCGAGCAUCGCGGCAUAGACGCUGCGUCAGCAGAUGCUGUUAAAAAUGAUGGAUCGGGUUUGGCUGUGGAAGGAAACCCGACAUCUCCUUCACCCAUGCCUCGCAACAGUCGUCUUACUCAUGGGAAAGCGGAUCAUGCAUUGCCCAGGGUGCCCUCGCUUCCUCAUCUACGUCAAGCUCAAACGCAGCAUCUCUCUCCCGAACAAGCCAGCCUCUCUGGGGAUCCUUCGCAUAUUUUGAGCAUUGGAAGCCCGAUAAAGCGUCCUCAUCAUCAGAAUGAUCAACGCCCUGCCACAGCUAGUGGACAGCCUGUGCAUCAAUCGUCCAACUUCGGGGUUACUUGGGCGUCACAAGCACCCGCUGCUGUCAAUGGAAGAGUAGCCAGUGUUGGCUGUGACUUGCCUUCUAGACCAGCUUUCAUCGACAGUCGUGCUUUCUCAAUUGCCAGUGGCCCUUACAGUGGCUCUCUACCAGAUAACGAAAAGAAACUCAAAAAUGCCCAUGAUGGAGCUCAGAAUCAGAUACAGAGACAAAUCACUGGCGCUGACGGGGAAAAUCCGACGCAACUUACGUCGAGGAUUCCCCCAGAAGCUACACUGAAUAGUGAUUUGGGCGAGACAGAGUCGAAUGACGACAGCUCCGUCUCCAAACAAAAGGAUGACUCAAAUCGCGUCUUAACAUCAAAUCUGCCUGUUGACGGCACCAGCGACCACGGGAACCUUGGUAGCACAAAGUACCAAGAGAAACGAGACUCUAAGAGCCAAAUGGGUAACCCUGGUUCCAUGAAUGAGCCUCUUCAGCCUUUUUCCCUGCGAACAACUUCCGAAACGACACAGUCUCGUCAAUGGUGUCGUGACGGGAUAUUAGCUUCCUCCAGCCGCUAUGACAGAAAAUUACACUGCAACAAUAGCCCGAGUGAGAAUUAUCUCAACUAUACUGAAUGCACCUGCAAGAAGUGUGCGGAACGAAACAGAAGUGUGUGGGUGAGAGUCUUGAACAGCGAAUUUGACUCGAAGGAUCUUCAAUCGCGUCUUAAAUCUGGCCUCGGUGAUUGCUUUGGAGACGUUGACGACGUGAUUCCUACGCACCACAAGCAUGGUAAUGCCUUUAUAGUACGGUUCUACAACGAGAGCUCUGUUCGACCGGCGCUGAACUUUGGUAGCGGUGAUUUACGGUACCUGUCGCUGCUUCUGGCACCAGUCUACCGUUCUAAAUGGAUGACUGGAAAUUAUCCGGCACAAGAGAAGAGACGAAGGGCCUAUAAUGAACAGAGACAGCAAAAUCAGGAUGUCAUGCGACCUUGGUGCAUGUACCCUGCUGGUUUCGGUGCCCCUAUGUUUCCAGGUCUACUUGGCUCACAGCCGCCUCACCCACAUAACGGGCAGUUUUCAAUGACCCACGGGCCAUGUAGUUUCCCAGAAAUCCCUCGAGGUAGCACUGUUCCAUGGCAGCGCCCGAAAGGCGGCUCGGACUCAAAGUAUCGUUAUACCCGCGGCGGACAACAGCAAAAGUCUCAGAUGCAAUUGUCGCAACCGCAACCGCCGCCGCCGCACCAACAACAUGCUUCCGUUCCAGAAGAUGGAAAAGCGGUGGGAAAUGAUAGAAAGCACCAAGUUGAUGAAAACGAAAAGUGGACCAAGCCAGCAGAGGGCAAGUCCCGAACCGAGCCGCUUUCUGAGGAAGCUUUGGAUGAUAAUUGUUCCCAUGAGAAGGGGAGAGUUUCUACGCCUCAGAGCCAGCCUAGUCGCUCCUUGAAUCACAAAGUCAGAGUGUCUCUUCCACCCACGACGCCAUCGAAACUUCAGCCGGAUACACCGACAACUCAACAAAACACGGAGUUGGUUGAAGUUGGGAAAUCACCGACAGAGAGUCAAGCAUUCAUUAAGCCAAGCAAAGACAUGACGCCCGAACCCUCAGAAGCCCAAAAAGACUCCCAAAGAAAGCCAGAAAGCGAUUUCGCGAGCAAGAAUACGUUGUCAAUAUUGCAAAACCUUGAAACACACACGACAAAUACCGAGGCUACCGCGGAUGCGCCAUCACUCAGCUUCCCUAUGCUUGCCGAAGAUAACAUCGAUUUGAUGAAGCAGGCACGGCCCACGAUUUCCGUGGCACUGGGCACAGAUAGAAUCCCAAAAACUCCAAUCAAGGUCAAGCCCGGUAAUGCUAAGAAGCACCCGAAUUCCGUUGCUGACACCGACACGUUUAGCCCCUAUUCGAGUGAAUUCAGAACCUCAUCACUCCCCAGCACGCCGGAAACAGGCUCUCCCCAUGAGAACCAACCCAAGACUCCGUUCAACAAGGCGAACAUAAUCAUGCCAUCUGACGACGGUGAAGGAACCGAGAACCAACGGCGGGACUAUCAUGGUGGUAGCGAUAACAGUUCUCCGCAAGGCAGCUCAUGUCCAUCGGAAACCAAUAUUGGCUCGCUCAAAGUGGCGAAGAAGCGAAGAAAUGCUCGAAAGUCGAAGCCAAGUUUUUCAAGAGCAGGGCGAGGUCGGAACGAUGAAGGAAUGACGGAGAGCCGCAAGAAUGUCCCCCCUGCUGAGGCGUGUUCGAAAUCCACCGCUUGUGUGGCAACGCCGUCGGCUGCAGAUGAGAAGCCCGCCCAGGACCAAACUCAACACGGUGUAACCACGGAGGCAGAUGCUGCGUCGUACAGGAAAACUUUUGACGAUGCUGAUGCGCUUGCUGAGAAAACGGAGGUGGCCUCAGUUCAUAAUACGGCUACUGGAGGACCACAAGACGCGCACUUGCCCCCGAGUUCUAGUGAGCAGCAUGAACGAGACGUUGGUUCGAAGUGCGAAGAGGAUGCAUCACACGCAAAAGCCCACCAUGCCUUGCCGCAGGGAGCUAGGUACGGCGAGCUCGAUCAAGACGCGUGGCCGUCACUACCGGGGAGCCAGGUCAUACAGCAGGGCAGCUCCCGUUGGGCUAAGAAAUAG